AUGUGUCAAUGGCUGGGCCUGCUGUUGGGCACCCUGUCCUCUCCGCUGUCCCUCCUCGGUGUUGUGCGGGCCCUGCUGUUCCUCCCUGUUCUCAUCAAGACAACUCACACCCCGUCCCUGCCGUCAUCCCUGCCCCGGAAAAGGAAGGCACCGCUGGCAGAGACACAACUGCAAACACAACCAAAGACGAACAAGCAAAUGAAGAGGGCGAGGUAUAAAGCUAGGAAGAAGGAGAGGGAUAGAGAGAAGGAGAGGGUGAAGGAGAAUGAGAAGGAGAAUGAGAAGGAGAAUGAGAAGUUGAUAUGUUUAGAUGAGUAG